AUGUUUUUGGAACAGGUAAAGAGAGAAAGGAAGGAGAGAGAGAAGAGAGAGAAAAGGGGAGAAGAAGAAGGAGAGGGAGAAGGAGGAGAAGACGAAGAAGUAGAUUUUGAAAAGUAG